GCAUCCACGAUUUCUUGUCGUCACUAUAAGCAUUACUCGUUGCAAAAUCAGCAAAAAUUCAUCAUUUCCAAAUCAUUAGGAAGCGACACGAUUGCAGUUGAUGAUGGCAGCACUGAAAUUCGGUGGCAACAUGUACACGGCACUCCGAUCAUCGAAGCAUCUCUAUCGCUCUUCCUCUUCCCAUCUUCUCUCCGCUAAGUUUCUCAUGCAAAUUCCUUUCACUCGCAAGAUGAGUGUAGAUGCUCGGAGUAUUGCUUCCCAGCUUAACAGUUCUGGGCUGUUGAGAACACAGGGCCUCAUUGGAGGGAAAUGGAGGGAUGCUUAUGAUGGGAAAACCAUAAAGGUUAUUAAUCCAGCUACUGGUGAAUCUAUAGCAGAUGUAGCAUGCAUGGGUGGAAGGGAAACAAAUGAUGCAAUUUCCUCUGCUUUUGAUGCUUUUAAAUCAUGGAGUAAAAUCACUGCUGCUGAGCGAAGCAAAUAUCUGAGGAAAUGGUAUGAUUUGCUCAUGGCACAUCAAGAAAAGUUAGCACAACUUAUUACCUUGGAGCAAGGAAAGCCUCUUAAAGAGUCUAUGGGUGAGAUAAGUUACGGUGCUGGGUUUAUUGAGUUUGCAUCAGAGGAGGCAAAGCGUAUAUAUGGGGAUAUAAUUCCUGCACCUCUAUCUGAUCGGAGGUUAUUUGUUUUAAAGCAGCCUGUAGGGGUUGUAGGUGCAAUUACACCAUGGAACUUUCCCCUUGCUAUGAUUACCCGAAAGGUUGGUCCAGCCCUUGCAUGUGGGUGUACAGUUGUCAUAAAGCCCUCUGAACUUACGCCUCUGACUGCUUUAGCUGCAGCAGAACUUUCUAUUCAAGCUGGAAUACCUGCGGGUGUUGUGAAUGUGGUUAUGGGAAAUGCUCCUGAUAUUGGAGACGCCUUACUAGCAAGUCAACAGGUUAGGAAGAUUACAUUCACUGGCUCAACGGCUGUUGGAAAGAAAUUGAUGGCAGGUUCUGCUGAGACGGUUAAAAAAGUAUCUCUGGAACUUGGUGGCAAUGCGCCUUGCAUAGUUUUUGAUGAUGCUGACCUGGAUGUUGCAGUGAAAGGAACGCUUGCAGCAAAGUUCCGUAAUAGUGGACAAACAUGUGUUUGUGCAAAUAGAAUUCUUGUGCAAGAAGGUAUAUAUGACAAGUUUGCAAAUGCAUUGCUUGAUGCUGUUCAGAGUAUGAAAGUUGGAGAUGGUUUUAGUGAAGGAGUGGCUCAGGGCCCUCUGAUAAAUGAAGCUGCUGUCAAAAAGGUUGACUCCUUGAUUCAAGAUGCUACAACAAAGGGGGCAAAAGUUAUUCUUGGGGGUAAAAGGCAUAGCCUUGGAUCAACUUUUUAUGAACCAACAAUCAUCAGUGAUGUCAACAAUGAGAUGCGUAUAUCAAGAGAGGAAGCAUUUGGACCUGUUGCCCCCCUUUUGCGAUUCAAAACUGAAGAGGACGCCAUCAAAAUUGCUAACGACACUAAUGCAGGCUUGGGUUCAUACGUAUUUACAAACAGUAUCCAACGAUCAUGGCGCGUGGCUGAAGCUCUUGAAUAUGGACUUGUAGGAGUUAAUGAAGGAGUAAUUUCAACAGAGGUGGCUCCAUUUGGUGGAGUUAAACAGUCUGGCCUCGGAAGAGAAGGUUCCAAAUAUGGGAUGGAUGAAUAUUUGGAGAUCAAGUAUGUCUGCAUGGGAAACAUGAACAAAGAUUGAAGUAUGAGGUGAUGCCUUGUAUGCAUGCAGAGACUGAGGGUGACUUGCAUCACAUCAGGGGCCAACUUAGUAAAUUGCGUUAAAUAGCAUUUUAGUCUUUAAAGUUGAAAACUUUUAAUUUAGUUUCUCAAAUUUGUGUGCGGACAUGUGCAGCUAGCACAAUUUUCCCCGUUUCAUUUUCAUGUCCCGCUAUGCUCUACACGCGAAUUCUACUUCAGUCUUUACAUUUCUUGAUUUAUUUAAAUAACGGAACUUAUCUCUUUUUUAAAUAAAUCAAAAGAAGCUCAAAUAUAAUACAAAGGAGAUUUUUUUUUAAUAACCAAUUUUUU